AUGCCCGAGUUUGGGAUGAGCGAUUCGUCGUACUUUGAUGCUCCAGACGUGAGUCUGGAGCACGCGACUUUUCCCCAUCUCACUGGUGUUGAGUGGAAUGCCCCAAAUCGCCUCGCGGCGAUAUCUGGAGAGGCAUUCGUUGUGUCGCUGAUGAGAUCAGCGACUCCUGAUGGACAGCGUCUCGCCAUACACGACUACAUGGCUCGCGAGCUCGCCGAAUCCCAUCGGCGAGGUUUAACUCCCUCGCGGACUUCACGGAACGAUGCCGUGAAGAUGGAGACCUCCGCCUAUUCUGGCGAAGGAAAAGAACGCUUGUCGUUGUCUCGUUGGUUUCGAGAGGUCGACAUCGCUAUCGCCUCGAGACUUCUCGAGGCUCCUCAAGCGAAGGUCAAUUUCCUUCUUUCCCGUCUCACUGGGAAAGCCAAGGAGUGGGCCUUGGGAAAACUCGUUGUUGACGAGUUUGCGUUCCCCACUCUGGAAGCCAUCCAGAGUGACCUUCGACUCGCCUUCGAGCCUCCCCAGGAAGAGAAGUUGGUGCGUUCAAGGUUCCUGUCCCUGCGACAGAGUAAGAUGUCCAUGCGCGACUACAUGCAGAUGAAUCGAUAUCUGGCGUCUUUCAUUAUCACGCAUCCCAUGGACAUGUAUACACAAGUGAACGUGUUUGUCGAUGGUAUGCGUGAAGGGCAGACUCGCCUCUCGCUGGAACGAGCAGAGCCUGCCACGUUGGAGGAGGCUUUCGCUAUCGCUCUCCGUGAGGACUUCAGAGUCACCAAGGCCUAUACCAAGCCUUCAGUUGUUACCGCUGUCAGAUCAGCGGGCCCGGAACCUAUGGAGAUCGAUGCAAUUGAGUCGUCGGGUGACCGACGACGUGCUACAGCCUACAAGGGCGACGUCCGAGGCGGACGUCAGAUGAUCUGCUUUCGAUGCCGAAAGCCGGUAUAUCGCGCGGCUGAAUGCCGCGCGCCAGCACCGAUGUCGGUGCAUGCGACGGACACCCAUCAUGAGGGAGGUGCUCCGAUCAGUCGUCCAAAAAUGGACGAGACCAGUAGGUGCAGGGCGCCCUACUGGUUUGAAGGGAGGUCCGGGUCCACCGGUGGCAGCCCGACCUCCCAGCCCAUCUGUGCUGCGUGCACGGUCAAAUGCCACCACUACGAGUGGUGA